UUUGAACACUUAAAACCGUUCAUCAGUCCGUGAUCUGAAGGAUGUCAGUCCUUAUGUAAUAGCUUGUCGCGCUGAAAAAUGGUUUAAGAUGAUUGUGUUGUUCUUCUUAAGGAUCUGCGCUUCAAGGUCGUUGGCAAAAGGCGGAUUGGUUGAAGCUUCAUUCUGUAACGGUAAUAAAAAUGAUUACAUGCGGCGUUACUAACGCGAGUUUGUUUUUCUUUUUGCAUGGAAGCCAAGAGUUAAUGUACUUAAAGAAGGGAAACAAGACCUACGUUAGCUGAACCUUCAGAACGACGAAUAAAAGUAUUUUGUAAUGAGUUUCCCUUUUUGUACUCGAACCGCGCCUUUCCAUUUUAAAAAUAUAAAUGUUGUGCCAUUACGUCGCGUUCUUACUUCAGAGACAUUUUCCGGUCCCUAAUGUUGUGCUGUUUCAGAUCACUCCUGCUCCCAAGCGAACGCUAAUAUAUGACGUGCUAGAAUUUGUAACGGAUUUGGAAAGUUAAUUGUCAGCUUCUGUUUCCGGUUAUCACCUUCGCGUGGUUCAUAAUUGCUGUCGAUUGCUUUCUUUGUUAAGACUUUCUGUGCGAAAAUAUUAUGCGUUAAUUAACAUUCUCACUAAUGUCCAUUUUCAUGAGGAAGUGAAGACAAAGUCCUGAGGUAUUACGACGCUUGAAUGAAUCUUGAGAAGUAUUAGUUAAUCAGGAAGCAGUAUAAAGCAAAGUAUAUAAUACAAAAUUUCGGCGAGACUAAAGUAUACUGCCGAGUUAAUCAGAAGCUCUCGCGUGUUUCAAGGUCACCAACUGUCUUCUGACUGGCCAAUAUUUCUCAAGGUCAUUUGAGAUUCGUUCAAAGGUCGGCAGUAUAGUUUAGUCUCGCCAAAAUUUCUUUUAUGUGAUUUCUGAACAUUUUAAGGUUAGAAAGAGGUUCAGAGGCUCUAAAAUCGUUAUGCAUACGGUAGAAGUUAUCCAUAUAACUCCAUAAUAGUCGACCUCUGAAGCCAUGAUAAGGUAGCAAAAACUCUUUCAGCCUCGACCACAUAUCUCCAAUAUUGUUUGUAUUCACUCUGGUUGUUCGGUCCACAGAAUGCCGUUUGUGGACGACACAAUGCACAUAACCAAGUCUAUGUAGGCAUCGGUACGCUCUCCAAUCACCCGUAUAUAUUGUAGUACCUGGCUGCACAUAUUCCCGUAUAAUUGGUACUAUAGUUGUAGCCUGUCGGUAUCUGACUUUUUUCCCCUCGAUUCACAUUGAGACUAAGGCGAAUUAUGAUAAUGCUGCGAACUGGGUAGUAAAAGCACCAGUAACACCGGCUGUAAAAUUUACAGAUUUUACUGAAGCUUCGACUGUUUAGUGACAUGAGUAUUGUAGAGAUAUACGAGCAGUGAAAAUGACAAGCUUACAUGAGUUAUUUGGGAGAAUCGUUGAAAUAGGCAAAACAGUUGCCAGGAAAUGAAAAUUCAAUAGAGGACGUAGUGUUGAAGAACACUGGGUAAGUAGCACUUACAUAAAUAUACCUCACAGGUCCUUGGAAUAUACAAUAGGUCAUCUCAAAAGGGACAGUCCUAACGGGUCACAUACUGACGGGCUACAAAUAUAGUACCAAUUAUACGGGAAUAUGUGCAGCCAGGCUUUUAGUUAUGGUUGAAAGCAUUCCAGGGACUUCAAGAAGUGUACAUAAUGCACCUAAAGUUCCUACUAGUGGUUACCUAAUAUCACGGACUAAAGAUUGCAAGAAGCGCACCUGUCAGAGUUCAGGAUCGGUUGAGUCUACACAGUCCUGUUGGAAAUCCUUUUACAAAGCGGAAGUUGCUUCUAGUGAAGUCAAUAAAGUUUAUAAGCAGGUUAACGCCAACCCUUUAACAAUCUCCACAAUAGAACAAAAUAAAGAAACACUUUUGACUGAAAUUAGGAGCCGAAUAAAUGAAAUGAAUUCACGCACAUUAUAUUUACGUAAAUUACCACGAAAUACAAGUCUUUCUCAGCUGAAAGCAUUGUGUCGUAAUUCAGCAAAUAGUCGAUUGUUAAACCCGUCUCGUCACUUAAAACAUGGAUUAGCACUUGUGGAGUAUAAUUCACGUGAAGCAGCAUUGUCUAGUCUUAAGUCAUUGGGUGACAAAUUUUUUGGAGAUAUUCCUGUUGCUGUGGAGUUGUGUUCUGAGCGCUGUAAAUCUCCGUCUAAUAGUUGGAGGCCACCACAAUCAUAUGAAUUAAGUGAUUUUAAUUUGAAUAAACUGUAUGUAGCAGGUAUCAAUCGUCGAUCAACUGAACAGGAAAUACGGGACCUAUUUCCUAACGCUGAGUCUUUUGACUUCAUUGUACAUGAACGUGCUCUGUGGCAUUGUCGUGUUUUAUUUACCAAUCAAAAAGACGCUCUUGAAGCAUUCAAUACACAACAUGGAGUUGUCCUCCAUGAUACGCCAAUUAACUUAAACUUUGACCUAAGGAGUCGUAGAUCUUCACUUUCAGUUCGUGCACCAAACGUUUCAACAUUUACUGAUCCCAAGGUUCUGUCAAACGAAAAGCCGAAACGGAAAAGUAGAAAAAGUAAUUCUCAUUUAAAUCAGCAACGAAGUGGGGAGAUUAAGUCUCUAGCCGAAUCACCAAGUGAUCCUGUUAAAAAUUCAAACCUUAAGCCAAAUAAAAGCAAGAAAAAAAAGUACAAAAAUGAGAGUUCCUCUAGUGGUUCAAUUCAGUUUUCGUUGGCUACUAACUAUGGACAUCAAGUUUCUAAACCAGUACCGAAAAAGCGAAAAUUGGUGUAGUAUGGAAACACUUAUGCGUUCGUUAACUUUAGACUGAAGUUUAAUAAAUAAAAUAAAAUUUGUUUUAACUAAAUCGAGGUUUAUUCUUGACUGAAAUCGUUUAGUUCAAAUUCGUUUCCUGGUUCUUAUUCAUUGAAUACCUACAAGUUUUAUUUACUUUUUGGGGUGGAAGUUUGAAAAGAGCACUUUUGGAAAUAAGACUUGCGUGAAGUAGGGUUAUGGUUGUAUUUCGGGCGGAUAUUUUCCAACUCGUUUUCUCUCCUUGAAAUAUUACAUCAUUCUUUGACGCCAAAGACAAAUUGAUCAAAUAGUGUAACUACGCCUGUUUGACUUAUUUCAUGGGUAUCAUGCAGAGAUGAGUGGAUUUUCUGUUACGAU